AUGAUUUGUGAUGGCACUUUCAGAUCUGCUCCUAAAAACUUUGAACAAAUUUUUACCUUACAGUGUAAUGUUAGAAAUAAAAAUUUGCCUCUUUUGUAUUGUUUUAUGAAAACAAAAAAUGAAUAUUCUUAUAAUAAGCUUUUUGAAUGGUUAAGUAAAGAAAUAAAAGAAGAAGUAAUAAAAGAGAAGAAUAUUAUUUUGGACUUUGAAAGAGCUAGUAUGAAUGCUCUUAAAAAGUUUUUUACAAGUUCUAAAU